GCCACACUACCAAAAAUGAACCCUAUCCCCUCUUUCCUUCUUCAUCUCAUAACCAUUUCUGUCUGCUUAUCUCUUCUCAUCCACGGAUCCAUUUGCCAGAAUUUAAUCCAAGAAACUUGCAUAACAUGCUCGAAAGACGAUGUGAAUAUCAACUACAAUUUUUGUAUUUCUGCUCUACAAGCUGCCCCUCCCAGCCAAUGUACCACUCUUCGUGGCCUUGGUAUGGUCUCAAUUCAAAUAAUUCUACACAACGUUACUGACACGAGGUGUCAUAUCAAGAAUUUGAUGGAGGACAGGAAUUUGGAACCAUACGUAAGGAUGUGCUUAAGUGAUUGCUUUGAACUUUACUCGGAUUCAAUUCCUUCGAUCAAGCAAGCGAUUAGGAAUUAUGAUUUAAAGAGAUAUGUCGAUACGAACAUACAAAUAAGUUCAAUCAUGGAUGCUGCCACAACUUGUGAAGAUGGAUUCGCGGAGAAAGAAGGCGCCGUCUCUCAGUUAACAGAGAGGAGUGGUAAUACCUUCCAGUUGUCUGCAAUUGCACUUUCUAUUAUGAAACUUCUGCAGAAUGCGCCUGCUACUUAAUUGCAGAUGAAUUCAGGACUUAAAGUUAGUGAAUUUAGAUUAUAUCAAUAACUAUGAAACCAAAAGUUCUAGUAACCCUUUUAUGUAUAAUACUAUUACUCUUUCCAAGAAUUCUCUAGAAGCUCUUGAGGAAAACUAUAGUAAAAGGAACUCUUUCGAAAAAUUUGCUUCAGGAGAAAUGAGGGAAAAGGUGAAAAAGCAAUGAGAAAGAACGAAAGAUAGAAUGGGAAAUCAAGCAAAAAUGUAGAGCCCUUUCGUUAUGGAACGUAGUAGAUAUUUCUUCAGAACUACACUUUCAAAAUCAUAUGUUCGUAUGAUCUUUGGGACAUCAUUCAUGCC